GCUGGCCCAUGUUGGGACUGCCCCCCAGGGACCACUGUGAGGGUCGGAGCCCUGUCCGAAGAAGCCCUGCUGGAGGCUUCCGCAGCAGUGACCGGGGCAGCCUGGCCUGAGGCCAUGACUCUGGAGCUGGCCCCUGAGAACCGAGAGGAGACUGGCAGUGGAGACUCCCAGGCCAGUCGAGCCACCCUCCCUGGCCUUGAGGAGGCUCUCAGAGAGACAGAAGUACCACCCUCUGGGGAAAGUUGGGGUCCAGCUUCAGAGCCAGUAGGGGCAAAGGGGCCUCCUUCUCCUACCCUAGGGGGUCACCUCAGCCUUACCCUGCCAGGCUCCGGCCCCAAGCUUCCUGAUGUGGCCCACAAGGAAAACCCCUUGGAGUUAUGGCUGAGCCUGGGCAGUAGCCUGCCCAACCCUCAUGUGCCAGCUACUGCCUCUCCACCUCUGGGUACUCCAGAGCCUCAACCUUCCUCAGAGAUCAUCGACAUGGACUACUAUGAUGGCUUAGACUCUGAGAUCCGGGGUGCUGACUUGGGGAGCUUCCCAGAGUCCCCUGACACUUCCCAUCAACACAUUCACCCAGGUGAAGAUGCGCCAUCCUGGAGCCUGACUGACAUGUAUGAUGACUUCACCCCCUUUGAUGAGUCUGACUUCUACCCCACCACCUCCUUUUAUGAGUUGGAAGAAGAAGAGGAGGACGAAGAGGAUGAAGCAGCUGUUCAGGACCUAGAAGAUGAAAAUGACCAAGGACUACCUGGCCUGACACCCAGCACGGGUCCAGGCAUUUCCCAGCCCACCAGUCGUUGGCAUGCAGUACCUCCACAACAGACUCUGGGGGUGAACCCAGACAACAGUAUCACCUUCAGGCCUCGUCCAGGAGAAGUAGGCAAAGAACUGGCACCAAGUGAGAAUGGCACAGUGUGCCGAAGUGGCUUUGUUAGGCACAAUGGCUCCUGCCGGUCAGUGUGUGAUCUCUUCCCAAGCUAUUGCCACAAUGGAGGCCAGUGCUACCUGGUGGAGAAUUUAGGGGCCUUUUGCAGGUGUAACACACAGGACUACAUCUGGCACAAGGGGAUGCGAUGCGAGUCGAUCAUCACUGAUUUCCAGGUGAUGUGUGUGGCUGUAGGAACAGCUGCCCUCGUCUUGCUCCUCCUCUUCAUGAUGACUGUUUUCUUCGCCAAGAAACUCUAUCUGCUUAAGACAGAAAACAGCAAACUGCGCAAGACCAACAGAUUCCGGACACCAUCUGAGCUCCACAAUGAUAACUUCUCCCUCUCCACCAUUGCCGAGGGAUCUCACCCAAAUGAUGACUCCAACAUAUCCCAUAAAAUGCAGGAUGUUCUGAAGUCCUGCCUAAAAGAGGAGGAGUCAUUUAACAUUCAGAAUUCCAUGUCACCCAAACAUGAGAGUAACAAAGGUGACCAAGAUGACUCGGAAGUGAACUGUCUCCAGAAUAAUUUAACAUGAAGCAAAGGAAUAGGAAGAGGAGGAGGAGAAGAGGCGGGAAAGAAAAUUGACCUAUUGUACAGUCCAUUUCUUGUAACCAUCUGUUAAACUUUUCCUUUUUCUGAUUUCAUGGCAUGCUUUGAUGUAUUUUGUACAGAACGGGGGGAAAGCCCCACAAAAUAUGUGAAGAGCCUAAGCUGAAUUGCGUGCAUCGGGGUGUUUGAUCUGUGCUGUCUGUAUAUUGCUUGGGUUAGUUCUGCUGCUGUGAUUUCUAAACCUUUGCUGUUAUUCAACUGACUUUUUUUGUACUUUGA